AUGAAUACAAAGUGCGGGACAUUUAAAUUUACGGCCGUCACCGUCUCGACGCCGCCGAGGGAGCGCGCAAUGACCAUGGCGGGGGAAGAACUACGCCAUUGUUCCGCUGCCCCGAAACAUGGACGAUUGGGUGACAAUGCGGCGCUUGCUAGGUGUCAGUGUCGCCCCAGGGCUAGUUUACUGAAUCAACGCGCGCGUAUCGAUCUGCCACCGGUGUGGAGCGCACGAGUUGCGGCCACAUUUGCUACUAUAAACACAACAGUGUUCCGCCGUAUCACG